GUAUCACUUUUAAUCAUCUGGAACCCACCUACCACGGGUCAAGUCACGAUUGAAGCUCAGCCAACCGAGGUUUCUGAGGGGAAGGAUGUUCUUCUACUUGUCCACAAUUUGCCCCAGAAUCCUACUGGCUACAGCUGGUACAAAGGGCAAAUAACAGACAUCCACCAUUACAUUACAUCAUAUGUAAUAGACACUGAAAUGAUUGUAUUUGGGCCUGCAUACAGUGGACGAGAAACAGUAUAUUCCAAUGCAUCCCUGCUGAUCCAGAAUGUCACCCAGAAGGACACAGGAUCCUACACCAUACAAAUCAUACAGCGAGGUGAUACCACUAAAGGAGUAACUGGACAUUUCACCUUAUACCAUGGUCCACACGUCCCCAGCAUUUUGUCUCCAUUCACCUAUUACCAUAUAGGAGAAAACCUCUACUUGACCUGCUUCGCGGACUCUAACCCACCAGCAGAGUAUUCUUGGACGAUUAAUGGGAAGUUUGUGCAAUCAGGACAAGAGCUCUCAAUCCCCAAAGUUACUGAAAAGCAUAGCGGGCUCUAUGGUUGCUCUGCUCGUAACUCAGUCACUGACAGCGAACGUUCCACAUUCAAGAGGAUCCAAGUCUCUGGUAAGUGGAUCCUUGCAUCAUUGGCAAUAGGGUUUUAGGUGGAAUCUAUCAGGAUUUCAGAGAAGAGUCAGGAAAACAUUUUUAUUCCCAGCCUGUGUCCCAUGGGCAGAAGAAAAUCCUAAAUUCUCCUCCUGAACCCUCUCAAUGUGUCUCUAUAGACUCUCUUCUCCUUGUUUCUCUGUUUUCUCAUGGCUGACCUUGUGUCCAGUCUGAGAAAUGUAGGGAGGGAUUUUGUCAGCCCUGAGCCCUAUGUGGUGGAAAAGACUUCACAGAGGGACAAGAGGAGAGCCCUCAAGGUCAAGUUGCUUCUCUCUGUCACCAACACAUCCCUUUCUACGAGGUUUUUGUUGUCUUUUACCUACUCCAUGAGCUACAACGAACAUCUGAGGUUUCGAAACCAGCCCAUAUUUUUCCCCCAAAUGAGAGGAGGAAGCACCUUGGAUGAGAGAGGAGCAGCUCAGUCCGCUCCCUGAUCUGCUCCGGGCUUCUCCGGUGACUGGCGCUGCCUGACUUCACCUGGGGUGGGUCCAGCAUGUGUGGAGAAAGACCCCUGGUGGCCUGUCCUGAAUUUGGCUGAAUCGAGCUGCCAGUUGAAGUGAAGCCUAGGCUACAGGGAAAUAAGAAGAGAGGGAGCUUCGGGGCAGACUCUUGAGCUGUGUCCUGGCUCUGAAGUCACCAGCUGUAUGAGGUUGUGGGCACUGCACGUGGGACACAGCACAGAGGAGAGUGAGUGAUGCAUACUUGAAGAAAUAGGGAGAUUCACCUCUAGGGCUCUGGAUGGCAGGAAAGGGGCAAUGCCAAAAAGUGUGUAUACUGUGUAAGACUACCAGGACACUUUUUAUAUAUCUAAUAUAAGGGUUAUCAAUAACUAUUUCUAAGUGUACAAUUUAGUGUUGUGUAACCAUCACACUAUCCAUUUCCAGAACUUUUUCCUUUUACCAUAUUAAAUCUCUGUACCCAAUAAGCAGUAACUCUCACUUCUUAUACCCCUAACCCUUAGCACCCACCAUUCUACUUUCUGUCUCUAUGUAACUGGCUAUUGUAUCUUUUAUAAAU